UUCAUCUCCUUUGAAGUCAUGAAAAACCAAAGCAUAGUAAGUGAGUUCAUCCUCCUGGGACUUUCCCAGGAUCCUAAAGUCCAGAAGAUAGUAUUUGUUGUAUUUUUAUUGGUCUACAUUGCAACCAUUUGGAGCAACAUGCUGAUUGUGGUGACCAUCGUCUGCAGCCCUGCACUGCUGGGCUCCCCCAUGUACUUCUUCUUGGCAUUCCUGUCCUUCCUGGAUGCAUGCUUCUCCUCUGUCAUUGUCCCAAAGACAAUUGAAGACUCCCUCCUUGAGAAAAAGACUAUCACCUUUAAAGGCUGCAUGAUACAAAUCUUUGCUGAACAUUUUCUGGCUGGGGCAGAGGUGAUUGUCCUCACAGCCAUGGCCUAUGACCGCUACGUGGCCAUUUGCAAGCCCUUGCACUACUCUUCCAUUAUGAACCAGAGGCUGUGUGGCACUCUGGUGGGAGUGGCCUGGUCAGGGGGCUUCUUGCACUCCAUCAUACAGAUUCUCUUCACGUUUCAGCUGCCCUUCUGUGGAGCAAAUGUCAUUGAUCACAUCAUGUGUGACUUGUUCCCUUUACUGAAGCUUGCCUGCACUGACACACACAUUUUUCGUCUUUUAGUGUUUGCCAAUAGUGGGUCUAUCUGCAUCAUAAUCUUCUCCUUGUUGCUUGUCUCCUAUGGCACCAUCUUGUAUUCGCUGAGAACUCACAGUUCUGAAGGGCGGUGUAAAGCCCUCUCCACCUGCGGAUCCCACAUUGCUGUUGUGGUUUUGUUCUUCAUCCCAUGUAUAUUUAUGUAUGCUCGACCUCCAUCUGCUUUCUCGUUUGAUAAAAUUGUGGCAAUAUUUUGUACCAUGCUCACUCCUUUACUCAAUCCUUUGAUAUACACUUUAAGAAAUGAGGACAUGAAAAAUGCCAUAAAAAAUGUAUUGAAGAGAUUGAUGAUGUGUUCUGGUAAAAAAUAA